AUGUCCCGAUUGCUGUCAAAAGCCCUAAUUCCCCACGGGAGAUCCUUCCUCCGUCGUCUCAGCGAGCCGGCGAAGGCGCCAAACCUCGUCUGUUUCAGCCGCCGUCCCUAUUCGUAUAAGCCGCACGUGAUCGAGAUUGAGCUCGAUUCUUCCUCGUCAGCGUCCUCCAGGGCAGAGGCCGAAGCAGCGAUGCUGAAGAGGCUGAACGAAUUUGUUCGGAGGAUCGUCGUUCACAAUUCGACUCCAGAUUGGCUCCUUUUCUCCCCUGGCUCCUCCUUCUGGGUCCCUCCGCAUCAGAGCACGGCCGCCAAGUUCGCCCAUUUGGUCGACAGGGUGGCGAAUCGGCUGACGGAGGAGGAAUCUCUCUCCCUCUCGUCUCCUUUUGGCUGGCCCUGCUCCUCUUUCUUCAUCCCUCCAGAUGGUGGUUCCUCAUCUACACAAGGGUUUGAAGCGAGCACGGAGUUGAACAUUCCGGGGAACGAGAUGUUGGAAGUGAAGCUAGCUCAUUUCCCAGAUCCGUUUUAUUCAUUUAAACUUGAAGACGACGAUGAAGAGUGA